GUAAUAAAAAACGCAUUAGAUUUGUAUUAUCAUGAAACAUUACGAAAGUUAAUGGAAAUCUGCUUUCAAAUUACGUUUUAAUAUGUUUUACAAAGCUAUUUUAUUAUGAUUUGAGUUUUUCUUCAGUUUAAAUAGAAGUAAUUCACAUGUUUCCAUUCUUUAAUGCACUAGUACAUUGCAAUUCGAAAAUAUUUUUAGAGGAGUCUUAAUUAGAUUGAAAAAUCAAACUACAUUUUAUUGCUAUUGAAAAACAAUGAAAGCACAGAAUAGAAUACUUCAGUGCUCUAAUUUUAUAAAAAUAAUUAAUUAAAGUUCUUGUUAUUCGAUAAGAAUAAGAAAAUGUUGUUUUAUUUCCUUGUCAUCGGUUCCUUAUUACAAGUGAUGAGCGUACAAUGCAUCAACGGCGAUGAAGUAAUUGAUGGCGCAGAGAAGGAAGACAUUGAUGACGUGGUUGAUUGGUCAAACAACGAACUCGAAAAUGUUCCUCAAAAAGAUUCUGACUUUUCAGAAAGAACUUGGUUUGAGAAGGAACGAGCUAAAUUAGAAUUAAUAAUAUCAAAGUACCAAGAAGAAUCAAGUAUACCAAAAAAAUUUCCUGACCUUCAAAAUUUCUUUCUGGAAGUCAAAACAAAUACGAAUAUACCCGUAGAAAAUGGUGCGAUUGAUGUUCUGAAUUUUCUAAAUGAAAUCAAAUCUAACGAGGUCGCACCUGCAAAUACUCUUACAAUUGAUAUUCAGAAGUUACUUAAUGAAAUCGAAUCUAAUGCGGAUAUACCUGAAGAAAUGGGAACAUUUAAUAUCCAGGAUCUCCUAAAUGAAAUGGAAUCUAAUACUGAUAUACCUAAAGAAAUGGGAAUAUUUAAUAUCCAGGAUCUCCUAAAUGAAAUAAAAUCUAAUACGGAUAUACCUGAAGAAAUAGGAACAUUUAAUAUCCAGGAUAUUCUAAAUGAAAUCGAAGCUAAUACGGAUAUACCUAAAGAAACGGAAACAUAUGACAUUCACAAUCUUCAAUAUGAAAUCGAUUAUAAUACAAAUAUACCUAAAGAAACUGAAACAAUUGAUAUCCAGUAUAUUCAAUAUGAAAUCGAAUCUGAUCUAAACGGACAUCACAGUUCAAUCUAUACAAUUCGAAAAACUGCUGGCUUUAUUGGUAUCAUAAUAACUGUUAUGCUUGCUCCUUUUAUCAUUUAUAAUAAAUUUAAAGCACGAAAGGAUUUAAAAUUAAGAUUAUUUGUUAUUUCAAGAAAAUCUGAGGAUAAGAAGCCAUUAUCAAGCGUAUAAUAUUCUAUAUAAGCAGUUUCCCUAGUUACGAUUUUUUGCAUUUUGAAAUUUUUGCAAUGUUCUGAAUUUCAAAUUAAAGUUUUUAUUUCCAUUGAAA